UUCCCAAAAACAAACAGCUAAAUUCUCUAAUUAGAUCUCUCUCCUUCAUUUCCCGUCAAAUUACCAAAAGCCCAUUAUAAUUUAAAGCAACGUUUGCAGUAGAGGAAUUAUUAUUAUAAUCCAAAUCUAAACUCACCCCUACCCUGCUUGGAUCCCAAUCAAAAUGCCAGAUCAAAUCCCAUCUCCAGCCCCAAGAUCUGCCACGGAUCUCUUCUCCGACCCGCUCGACGCCCACCCACUCUGGUUCAAGCCCUCUCUGUUCCUCUCCCCCAACUUCGACUCCGAAUCCUACAUCUCGGAGCUCCGAACCUUUGUCCCGUUCGACACUCUCCGAUCCGAGCUCCAGGUCCACCUCUCUUCUCUCAAACACGAACUCAUCGACCUCAUCAACCGUGAUUAUGCCGACUUUGUCAACCUCUCCACCAAACUCGUCGACGUGGAUUCCGCCGUGCUUCGAAUGCGCGCUCCGCUUCUUGAGCUCCGCGAUAAGAUCCAAGGCUUCAGGGGAGCCGUUGAGGGCUCACUCAUCGCUUUGAAGAAUGGACUAAGCCAACGAGCUGAGGCGACCGCUGCCAGAGAGGUGCUGGAGUUGCUGCUCGACACCUUUCAUGUUGUUUCCAAGGUUGAAAAGCUUAUAAAGGAGCUUCCUAGUGUGGCUUCAGAUUGGUCGAAUGGGGAUGUCAAUUCAGUGCAAAAGAGUAAUGCUUUGAGCUUACAUCACGUUGAGAAUGGAGUAACAAAUCUCAGAGAGACCCAAAGCAUGCUUCUUGAGAGAAUUGCCAGUGAGAUGAAUCGCCUUAACUUUAGUAUUGCUCAUGCACAGAACCUCCCUUUCAUUCAGAACAUUGAAAAGAGGAUUCGGAGUGCUAGCCUAUUGUUAGAUGCAAGCUUGGGACACUGUUUUGUAGAUGGGCUGGAACACAGGGAUGUCAAUGCAAUUUAUAAUUGCUUACGUGCUUAUGCAGCCAUUGAUAACAAUGGUAAUGCAGAAGAAAUUUUUCGCACAACUAUCGUGGCUCCAUUGAUACAAAAAGUAAUUCCACAUGGUUCCUUGGGAGAAGUUGUUGCUGGGGCAUCUGGGGAUGAACUUGAGAAUGAUUAUCAACAAAUCAAAAAAUAUGUCGAGAAUGAUUUUAAAUUCUUACUAGAAAUUGCUUCUGCAGAAAAUACAGGUUUACAUGUAUUUGACUUCUUGGCAAAUUCGAUUCUGAAAGCUGUCCUUGCAGCCAUCCAAAAGGGAAAACCUGGUGCUUUUUCUCCAGGAAGACCUAAAGAAUUUCUUAAAAACUACAAAUCAAGCUUAGAUUUCUUGGCAUAUCUUGAAGGCUAUUGCCCAUCCAGAGCUGCUGUUGCCAAAUUUCGAGCAGCACCUUUUUAUGUUGAGUUCAUGAAGCAGUGGAACGUAGGUGUUUAUUUCUCUUUAAGGUUUCAAGAAAUAGCAGGUGCUCUGGAUUCUGCACUUGCAGCAUCCAGUCUUGUUCUUGCCCAGAAUUCACAUUCUGAUGAAGAAAAUUCUCAGAACCUGACACUUAAACAAAGUGUUACCCUUUUGGAGAGCUUGAGGUCCUGUUGGAAUGAAGAAGUUCUUGUCUUUUCUUGCUCCGACAAAUUUCUUCGCUUGUCCUUGCAGCUGCUUUCAAGAUACUCAAAUUGGUUGUCAUCUGGAUUUGCUGCUCGAAAAAAGGGUAGUGCUGGCUCCAGCCCUGGAUGUGAAUGGGCUCUUUCAGCUGCUCCAGAUGAUUUUGUUUAUAUUAUUCAUGACAUAAAUUGUCUGGCAAAGGAGAUUGGUGGUGCUUACCUGGAUCAUGUACUUCAGGUUCUAUCUUCAUGUUCCACUGAAGUCCUUGAUCGAGUAAAACAGAGCAUUUUGUACUGUGGGAAAUCAUUGGAUGAUUUAUUACCCAUAGUUAUCAACACAAUUAAAGAGGCUCUAGUUCAGAAGUCUGUUGAGGACUUGAGACAACUGAAGGGAAUAACUGCAACUUACAGGAUGACAAAUAAACCUCUUCCGGUAAGGCAUUCACCCUAUGUGGCAGGGGUAUUGCGCCCUUUGAAGACUUUCCUGGAUGGUGAACGAGCUACGAAGUAUUUGACAAAUGAUGCUAGGAAUAAUCUACUGCUAGGUGCUGCAACAGACAUAACUUGUCGCUAUUAUGAUCUAGCUGCUGACCUUGUCAGUGUGGCACGGAAAACAGAGUCUUCACUUCAAAGAAUAAGGCAGGGUGCACAAAGACGAGCUGGGGCAAGCUCAGAUGUAUCAGAUCAUAAUGUUUCCGAUACUGACAAAAUUUGCAUGCAGUUAUUUCUUGAUAUUCAGGAGUAUGGGCGGAACCUUGCUGCAUUGGGAGUAGAAGCAGCUAAUAUUACUGCAUACCGAUCCUUAUGGCAGUGCGUAGCACCUGCUGAUAGGCAGAAUCUGAUCAAGUUUUAGGAAGAGCAUCUGUUUGCCAUUUCUUUUUAACGUGAUAAAGCAUUUUACCAUAUCUUAGUUGAUCUUAUUGUGAUUUUCUUUUUCUAAAAAAGCUUUUGAAAUGAAAUUGUAAGCCAUUGUUCUGCAUCUAUUAUUUUUGGUUUUUCCUUACAAUAAGGUGAAGGUUUACAAAAAUCUUCUCACCAUCUCAAAGCAUUAUUGAUUUUUUUAAUCAUUUUUGUGUGCCUUUUCUUUUUUAGCCUCUUGGGGGGUUGUUGGCCCGGUUGGUUUCAGAUGACCUGCUGUUUCCUAGUUGAUAAAUAUUGAAUAUAGAUUCAAAAUAUAAAAACAAUUGUAAGGAGGAAUCAUUCUUUGUUGUUUUCCUUUGAUUUUUUUAUUCAUUUUUAAUUUUUUACUUUUUCCC